UUUGAGAGCUCGAUUUGAACGCAACGUGUGAGCUUGAGAGUUAAGCAACAAUAAUUGUGAAAGUAAAAUUAAAUUAUUCAGCAAUGUCAACUGCAAAUUGUUUCUCUAUGCUGUUGUUUGGCUGCUGUUUUGGUUUACUUUUGAUAGCAGCUGAAGCCAAACCACGCUGGAGUCGCGAUGUCAGAAAUGGACUCGUUGAUUUAAGCGAUCUUAGUGCUGCGGGCAGCGAGCUGAGCGUGGCUUAUGCGCCCGCACCACAGGAGCCGAUGGUCUUGAACGACAACUACAAUGUCAUAAUGCCGGACUUCUACGAUCAGCAUCCAGCAGAGUCAAUGCAGCUGCAAAACUUUGCCAACUUCUAUGAAGCUGAAAUGAAUCCCGGCAAUGAUUUGGGCAUGGAUGAGUCACAGUUUCUGUCCAGCACACCAGUGCGUGCGCCACAGCCAGUGAGUCCGCAGGAGCAGCGCGUACGCAAGCACUUGUCGCCCGUCGACAUAAGUCUCGAGAAGCGGGCGCAGCUCAAUCUGAAAAAGGGCGACACAAAGGCGCGCGGCUCAGACUUUCCCGAAUGGGAUCAGUUUGACUAUUAGCGUGAGAGUUCCAGCGUCACCAAAUAUGAUUACUAACUGUUUUGUUGUUGUUUAAGCACUGAGAAUAAAUUAUUUAUUUAUUGUAAAAUGCA